UCAAUCCUACCCAACAAACUUAACGACGUCGUAUGUAAAAGCAAGCCGUUCUAAAACAGGAGGAUUAUUAUAAAGUCAUCCGUCUUGGUCCUCUUGGAGCUCUCGUACUCCGCUUUACAGCUUCGAAGAAAAUCAAGCCCUAACCUUCAAGAGACUUGAAGGAGAACCCAAUCCCAACAGCACCUGUGUUACUGUUGCUUACCUGCAUCUCCAACUCUCCACUGGCCAUUCCUCCUGCUUCCAUUUCUUCUUGUCCUUUGUAUGCCCCGACUGCUACCCAUGCUUGCUCUUGUGGCCGUUGCAACCUGCUUUCACCCCCAUUCUUGCUUUUGACCGUUAGAGAUAAAUAAGGAGAGACGGGAGCAGUGGUAGCAGCAUAUCUGAAGCCAUGAUGAAACUUUUUGAUUCUCACUGUCACCUCCAAGACCCUAGAAUCUUUACCAUGGCACCGCAACUAAUUAGGAAAGCCCUUGACACCGGCAUAGUUCAUUUUGCUGUAAAUGGAGUCUCUGAAAAAGACUGGCAUCUCGUCAAGGAGAUGAGUGACCACUACCCUUGUAUAGUUCCAUGCUUUGGUCUCCAUCCCUGGUUUAUUGGUGAAAGGACUCCCAACUGGUUGAACACUUUGAAGGAAUUUUUUGAGGCUACUCCCUCAGCUGCAGUUGGGGAGAUUGGUUUGGACAAAGGUUCACAUGCGAGAAAUAUUGAUUUUACUGACCAGGUUGAAGUUUUCUGCCAACAGCUUGAACUUGCCAAACAGUUGAAAAGACCAGCAUCCAUCCAUUGUGUUCAGGCUUUUGGUGAUCUUCUUGAGAUAAUGAAAUCUGUGGGGCCGUUCCCCGAGGGUGUGAUUCUGCAUUCUUACCUGGGCUCUGCUGAGAUGGUUCCUGAGUUGGCUAAGCUUGGUGCCUACUUUUCUUUCUCUGGGUUUCUUAUGUCCAUGAAAGAAAACAAAGCAAAGAGAAUGUUAAAGUCAGUACCUACUGAGACGAUUUUGUUGGAGACAGAUGCACCUGAUGCACUACCGAAAACAAAUGGUGUGGAUUCUCUCUUUUUGGUUGAAAAAGAUGCUUCUGUUCUUAAUUCAUCGACAAAUAAUGGCAGUCCUGAAAGCCCGUCUGAUGAUGCAUCAAAACUGCCAAAAGGGACCCUGAAUCAUCCAGCUAAUAUUCAUAAUGUACUCACCUAUGUGGCAUCUUUGCUUGAGAUGACUAAAGAAGAACUUGCAGACAUAAGCUUUCAAAAUGCAAAACGCUUAUUCUCUUAUGAAGGUUCAAAAGUACUACUUGAAGGUGGAGACUAAACCUUGACAAAGCUGUGUACAGGACUUGUGAGAAAACCCAAUGUGGACUGGAUUUUCAACAAGAACAUAAUCCUAUCGAACCAGAUGACCAUAUAUCUUCACGAGGAUCAAAGUUGAAGGUUGUCCAAACGCUUGCAUUGGAGAGAUGAGUACUCCAAAGCAGUAAUGUAUUUAAUGAUGCUAUGGUAUAUGUAAGUGAAUUGUAAUUUCUUUACAAUGAAUAAAAUGUAAUUUCCUUCAAAAUUUAGCAAUUUGUGCAAUGCAUCACAAAUUGGAAUACUCAGUGCAAUGUGUACAAAACAGUAGUUGAGAAGACAA